AUGGACUCAUCACCUACUUCGCCUCGCGAUGACAUUCGCAAAAGCGAUGUUAUAAUCGACAAGGUCGACGUUCAGCACAAUGAGGAGGCUUUGCGUGAGGCUGAUCGCCACAUGAGCCCCAUGAAAUGUCUUUGGGACAACCCAAGGGUGUUGCUGUGGACUAUCUACGCCAACUUUGGCUCAACUUUGAUUGGUUUCGAAAACUUGGCACUCUCAGUAUGCUUGGCCAUGCCGGCAUUCCAGAUGACCUUUGCAUCUGAAGUCAAUGGAACACUCAUCAUUCCCGCCUACUGGCAGUCUGCUUGGAGUGCGAUGUACAAUGUCAUGAUGUUGUUUGGUUCUCUCUUCGCCGGUUACAUGCAAGAUUGGUUCGGUCGUCGCUCCGUCUUCGCUUUGGCAUCAGUCAUCGCCUCUGCCGGCAUUGCCAUCAGCUACGUCUCCGUGACACCACCGGAAUUCCUGGGCGGCAAGAUUGUUACUGGAUUUGCUGUCGGUCUAUUGACUUCUACCACGCAAACCUAUGUUUCCGAGAUUGCACCCCUGCCCGUUAGAGGCAUUUGCUUGUCUAUCAACACCAUCAUGCUCAACCUUGGCAUGCUCAGUGCCAUCGCUGCCAGCUUCUCCCGCGUUGCUAUUAUGGACAAGGCCGCCUUCCGUGUCGUCUUCGCUGCCGCAUGGACAUUCCCCGGCCUUAUCCUCCUCGGUCUCCCCUUCGUUCCCGAAUCGCCCACCUGGUUGGUCUUCAAGAACAAGCACGACGCUGCCCGCAAGGCCCUCGAGAGGCUUUCCGGCCCGAACGAAGAUAUCGAUGCGCGCCUUGGCCAGAUCAUCGACAACGUCGAGACCGAACGUCGCCUGCAGAUGGAGGCCGCUUCCUACCUAGACUGCUUCAAGGGCACCAACUGGAGACGCACGCGCAUCAUCCUCAUCUGCUUCUACAUCCCCCAGGUUGCCGGUGCCGUGCUGUCCUCCAACGCCCCUUACUUCCUUAACCAGACUGGCCUCUCUAGCAAGACUGUCCUCCUGCUCGUCCAGGUCGGUAUCGCGGCUGGUGUCGUCUCUGCCAUCGUCAACUCCAUCAUGAUGGGCAGACUCCGCCACCGCCCACUUCUGUUCUUUGGCGUCUCUAUCUGCGUGGCCAUGUAUUUUACCAUGGGUGUCGCUGCCGCAUUCCCCAAGACAAACGCCUCGCUCUUGACGAUUGGAGUCUCGCUUGUAUUCACCUCCAUCUCCUACGGACCCGCAGUGGGUGCCUCCAUGGCCGUGGCCGGUGAGGUCUCCGCUUCAAAGCUCCGUGCCAAGUCGCUUGGUAUCGGCUUCGCCUUCUCCUCCAUCGUGUCCACCAUUUGGACCAUCAUCCUGCCGUACCUCUUCAACCAGGACGAACUCAACAUGGGCGGUCACAUUGGGUGGAUCUUCUUUGUCAUGGGCAUUCUCAUGUUGGUGGUUCUCUACUUUGAUGUUCCGGGCACCAAGGGACGCACGUUUGAGGAGUUGGAUAUCAUGUUUGAGCAGGGCAUCUCGGCGCGCAAGUUUGAAAGCCACAAGCUCAACCUGGGUCCUGUGGACACCAAGUGA